AUCAGAGACAUGGAGCAUCUCUGACAUGUAUCUCGUUUUUAAGGUGCAGAGAAAAGCUCAGAAAAACCCUAGAUCUUUUACGCCCUCGGUUCCCUCUGUUCUUUCCCCACCAUUCACUGUAAAAAACUCUCAAUUCAUCAGGGGUUACUGAAUGGUUCCUUGAUUCUUCAGGGACCUCUUUAAUGGCGUCUCCUACAUCUAGAUGGAGUGGAAGCUUUAGAGACGCUAAUUCUGGGGUUUGCAUCGAAUGCAGGCUCAGGAGUUUGGGUCACCGUUUUAGGAACUCCAUUUUCUAUAGAAGUUCAGGAAAAGGUUUUGUAGAGGGGAUUGAGCAUCCUCUCACUUCUUUUUCAUUGAAUUUUGGUUCUUUGAAGACCAGAGCCGCCAUUGAAAGGGGAAAAGCUUCUUACUCGAGUGAGGAUUCAGGGCAUGGGGAUAAGAGGGGUAGAGAAGAAGGGGGAUCAGAAUUAGGGCAAAAGAGGAAGCUGGUUUCUCGAUGGAGAAAGAUAAGGUCUGAUAUUUUUAAGGGAAGGAACCUAUGGAAGAGGAUUUUCUUUGCUUCGAAGAAGGUUCGGAGCAUUAUAAUUCUCAAUGUUCUCUCUGUCAUAUAUGCAAGUGAUAUCUCUGUGGUGAAAGAAGUGGAAGCCAUCACGGAUCCAGCUCUAUUUACAUUUGUAAGAUUCGUUGGUUCAGCCAUUCCUUUCAUUCCAUUCAUUGUCCAAGCACGCAGGGAUGGUCGCACUUGUGCAGCUGGAAUGGAGUUAGGCUUCUGGGUCAGCUUGGGAUACCUUGCACAGACAAUUGGACUGCUCACAUCUGACGCCGGACGAGCUUCCUUUCUUUCUUCAUUCACAGUUAUCAUUGUACCCUUUCUAGAUGGUCUUUUAGGAGCUAAAGUUCCCAAACUCACAUGGUUUGGAGCUGUUGUAUCUCUCAUCGGGAUUGGUCUUCUCGAGUCCAGUGGCUCACCUCCUAAUGUUGGAGACUUGCUGAACUUCAUGAGUGCUAUUUUCUUUGGGGUCCAUAUGCUAAGAACUGAACAUUUCUCAAGAACCACGAAGAAAGAAAAAUAUUUAGCGCUUCUUGGUUAUGAGGUUGCUGUUGUAGCAUUGUUUUCAAUGAUAUGGUACUUUCCAAGAAUUGGGUUGUUUCACCUGCAUCAAAUGGACUGGACAUCUUGGGUAUGGACAGGCAUUUGGGAUAAAUUUCUUUCCUUCCCAUGGAUCCCUGCACUUUAUACAGGAAUGUUUUCAACUGGCUUAUGCCUGUGGGCAGAGAUGGCUGCCAUGCGUGACAUAUCAGCAACAGAAACUGCCAUUAUCUAUGGAUUAGAGCCUGUUUGGGGUGCUGCUUUUGCAUGGUUCCUGCUUGAUGAGAGGUGGGGUGCUACAGGAUGGAUAGGAGCUGUUCUGAUAUUGGGUGGAAGCUUAGCGGUCCAGUUAUGCCCAGAAAAGCCAAUAAAAGAAGAAGAAAUUGACACCCUACUUGAGAGCUUUGAUUCACUGGAUGGAGGAAGGGGCAUGUCUCCCUCAAAGAUCUAUGUUAGCUCGAGAAAGAAGGUGACCAAGUUCGAGGAAUAGGUCUAUCAUUUGUAUAUUAGUUUCUUGUAAAUUAUUAUCCUUUCUCAUUGCUAUCAUAAAGUGGGAAUCAGAAGUGAAACCUUGUUGUUGGGAUGAAUAGCUCCCUGAUACUUGGUUAUGGCAACCAAUCCCCUACAUGUAAAUUCAUGUCUAUAAUGUAUAGCUCUUUGUUUCCAUCA